UGUUGAGUCCACUGACUGCCGUCUGGCCCCGAGUCCCUGUCCUUGCACCAAGCCUGCUGCUGGCUUCUCGCUGGUCUCUGGACGCAGCUCUGUUCACCCUGCUGGUACGCCUGUUUCUGACGGUUCCUUCUUGGUUCUUUUCUGGCCCAAAUUCUCCCACCAGAUCUACUCCUCUUCCCAGGCUCACCAUGUCGGCUGCACCAGGUCUUCUGCACCAGGAACUGUCCUGCCCACUGUGCCUGACGCUGUUUGAUGCGCCAGUGACUGCUGAGUGUGGUCACAGUUUCUGCCGUGCCUGCCUGGUCCGCGUGGCAGGCGAGCCUGCCUCUGAUGGCACAGUACCCUGUCCCUGCUGUCAGGCACCCACGCGGCCGCAGGCGCUCAGCACUAACCUACAGUUAGCGCGUCUCGUGGAGAGUCUGGCGCAAGUGCCCCAAGGCCACUGCGAGGAACACCUGGAUCCACUGAGCAUCUACUGCGAGCAGGACCGCACACUUGUGUGUGGUGUGUGUGCCUCUCUGGGUUCGCACCGUGGCCACCGUCUUCUGCCUGCCGCCGAGGCCCACGCCCGCCUCAAGACACAGCUUCCCCAACAAAAGCUGCAGCUGCAGGAGGCAUGCAUGAGAAAGGAGAAAAGUGUGGCCGUGCUGGAGCAUCAGUUGGUGGAGGUGGAGGAGACCGUGCGUCAUUUCCGGGGAGCUGUCGGGGAGCAGCUGGGGAAGAUGCGGGUGUUCCUGGCUGCCCUAGAGAGCUCUUUGGACCGUGAAGCGGAAAGGGUGCGGGGUGAGGCUGGGGUGGCCUUGCGCCGGGAGCUGUCAAGCCUGAACUCCUACCUGGAGCAACUGCGGCAGAUGGAGAAGGUUCUGGAGGAGGUGGCGGACAAGCCGCAGACAGAGUUCCUUAUGAAAUACUGCUUGGUGACCAGCAGGCUGCAGAAGAUCCUGUCCGAAUCCCCACCACCCGCAAGGCUGGAUAUCCAGCUGCCUGUCAUCUCAGAUGACUUCAAAUUCCAGGUGUGGAGGAAGAUGUUCCGGGCGCUGAUGCCAGAUCUGGAGGAACUGACUUUUGACCCCAGCUCUGCGCACCCGAGCCUGGUCGUGUCCCCUUCUGGCCGCCGCGUGGAGUGCUCGGAGCAGAAGGCACCGCCAGCGGGAGAAGACACGCGCCAGUUCGACAAGGCGGUGGCGGUGGUGGCUCAGCAGCUGCUGUCCCAGGGCGAGCACUACUGGGAGGUGGAGGUGGGCGACAAGCCGCGCUGGGCCCUGGGCGUUAUGGCGGCUGACGCUCCCCGCCGUGGCCGACUGCACGCGGUGCCCUCCCAGGGCCUGUGGCUGCUCGGCCUGCGCGAUGGCAAAGUCCUGGAGGCGCACGUGGAGGCCAAGGAGCCGCGGGCACUGCGCACCCCCGAGCGGCGGCCGGCGCGCAUCGGCCUCUACCUGAGCUUCGCCGAUGGCGUGCUGGCUUUCUAUGAUGCGAGCGACGCCGACGCGCUUGCACCCCUCUUUUCCUUCCACGAGCGCCUGCCCGGGCCGGUGUACCCCUUCUUUGACGUGUGCUGGCACGACAAGGGCAAGAACUGUCAGCCGCUGCUGCUCGUGGGGCCUGACGGCGGCGAGCAGGCCUGAGCUCGGCCCUGUGCGGGAAGAGGGGGAAGAGGUCGGUCCCGAAGGCGGUGGGAGGUUUAGGUCACCUUUGUCAGGCCUGGAGUGGGUUGGGCGGGUUUCUGGAGCUGAAGACUAGGCUGAGGGGUGCUAGGGAGGGGGAGUUUGUCUCACAGAGCUCAGAGAAGCACAUGGGUUGGGAUGGGCAGGGGACAGAUGGUGAGGGAUGGAGGGAUAGGGUCUGUGGAGUAGGACGAUUAGUCAGACCCGUGAGGCAAUCUGAGUUUGGAUCAAGAGUUCCAGGAGGAAGCUGAGGUUUAGGGAGCCUGGGGAGAGGGUGGAAUUUAGUGGAGAAUCUUGGGAAGUCUGUGGAACAGUGGUCCCUUCAGCCCCACAACUCGCUCCUGAAGGCCCCUCCUCAAGUCUUCACAUUCCCCUUACCGGGCAGGUUUUCAGUUAGUGCUGCUGAUAUCAACAGUCUUCUUUUUCCUUCUCUCUCUUCUUUCUUCCUUUCUUUCUCUCUCUCUCUCUCUCCCUCCCUCCCUCUUCCCUUCCCGCCUCUCAUCUCCUCUUCUCUCCUCUCCUCCCCUCCCCACUUCUCUUCUCUUCUCUUCUCUUCUCUUCUCUUCUCUUCUCUUCUCUUCUCUUCUCUUCUCUUCUCUUCUCUCCUCUCCUCUCCUCUCCUCUCCUCUCCUCUCCUCUCCUCUCCUCCCCUCCCCUCCCCUCCCCUCUCCCUCUUCCUCUCCUCCCUCUCCCUCUCCCCCUCUCUCUCUCUCUUUCUUUUGUUUUUGUUUUUCUGUUUUGAGACAUGGUUUCUCUGUGAAACAGUCCUGGCUGUUCUGGACGGUCUUUUCAAAGCCCCCAACAAUCCUGACAGACUGCUGGUGUCUGUACUCCCAGCACUCAGGAGGCUGAGGCAGGAGGAUGGAAAGUUGAAAGGCAGCAGGACUCUGUCACAGACAAACGAAUGUGCACAGAACAGUGUCUUGGUAACACUCUGCUGUGUUUCUGAGGUAGCAGAUCUGGGGGAGGCCAAAGCAGGCUUCUGGACACGGGAGAGAUGGCUCGGUGGUUAAGAACACUCGCUGCUCUUGUAGAACAUUGAGGUUCAGUUCCCAGCACCGAUACCAUGGCUCACACACUCCAGUCACAUGAAUCUAAUGGCCUCUUCUGUUCUCUGUGGGCACUUGUGGUACACAGACAUAUGUGCAGGCAAAACACUCAUACAUUUAAAAUAAAA